UUAAGGCAUUUCGCUCCACCCUUCCAUCAUCGGGCUAGGCCAAGGAUGAGAAUUCGCCAGACAAUUGCAGUUAAAGUCACACAGCACAGCAAGAUCCAUGCAAGGGGGUGUGGCCGCAUCUCCAAGCCUUUCGACAGGAUCGCUGACUGGAGUCGCAGGCUCCCAGGCACAGUCACUUUGCGCUUGCGUACAGACGAGCCCACUCCUUUCCCGACCGUGGGGGAGGCGACAUCCUGAGGGUUAUUCAUCCUCCACUAGGUUUCCUCCGCGUCCUUGGCCUUUCUCCCCAGCGAUCCUUUCCUCAACCCAGUAUGUCCUAAAACUGAUGUUUGAUUAAUACAAGUCAAGAAUUGCAUGAAAAUUUAUUUCCCUCGCUCUCCCUAGAGUGGGCUGGGCCGGAAGCGGAAGUGCUGGCCAGUGUCUGUGAGUUCCAGUCUGGCCAUGGAGGAGUUUCCGUUCAAGGAACCGGUGCUGGACGCCAAAUCCGAGCUUGUAGAUUUUCAGUGGAAACUGGGCAUGGCUGUGAGCUCUGACCGCUGCAGAUCCCUCAAGUACCCGUAUGUGGCAGUGAAGCUCAAAGUGGCAGAUCCUUCUGGCCAAGUAAACACCAAGUCCAUCGAAAUGACAAUCCCACAGUUUCAGAAUUUCUACAGACAGUUUAAAGAAAUUGCCACUGUCAUUGAAACUGUGUGAGGACUGAUUCCGACGUAAUGGACUCUACCUUCCAGAAGAGAACUGCAUAUGGAGGAAAGAUAUUUAUGCAAUGAAAAGUGCACUUCUGGUGCUGGAUAGGUGGCUCAGAGGUUAAGAGCACUGGUUGCUCUUCCAGAGGACUCAAGUUCAAUUCCUGGUAACCACAUGAUAACUCACAACUGCCUGUAACAUCAGGACCAGGGAAUCCUACACCCUCCCACAGACGUCUAUGCAGGCAAAGACAAAUGGGUAGAAAAUUAAAAAUUAAAAGAAUUUCACUUCCCAUUUUUUUCCCAGUUUAAAAAAAAAAUUGAUAAACUCAAAUCUUUUUAGUGGUCACCAAUGCUUUGCCUUUUCAAUGAGCUAAAAGUGUCUGUAUUGAAUACUAAUAUAUGUAUAAUUAUAUCUCAACAGAUGAGUAAAUGAUACUCUUAAAUGCAACACUCUUAAAUGUAUAUUAGAAAAUUUUAAAUCUUAUUGAUACAGAUCUAACUUUAUGAAUAAAAUCUUGUAUAUGAAGUUUAAAGCUGCUUAACAAAUUCAGUUUUAUAACAUUCCCUUUGAAAUAAUUAAAGGAAUUACUUACAGAAUUAGUGCGAAGAAUGAGAUCUCAUUCAGACAUUUGUAACCCGGUUAAGGUAAACCAGUCCCUGUGUUAUCGUAGUAGUGCACUGUUUCUGCUGCUGCUAUUUGUAGAAAAUUUGUCAGAACGCACACAGAGAUGAUCCUAUCCCAUCUUGUCUGAAGGUCAGAGAGUUUGAGCUUAUUUUUGCUCUUUCAGAUUUGGUGCCAACAGGUGUGGCUACCAACAAGAGGUCCUGACUUAGGGUGUGGUUACUUGGUAUUUUGGGCAUUAAGAUGGCCCAUAGAGGUAGAUCCUCUCCAUCCUGACCAAAGGUCAGAGCAUUGAAGCAUACUUCUUCUUCUUUUGAAAUAGAAGGUUUGACUUAGGGAGUGGCUGCCUGCAGGAUGCUUGCUCUAAGGUGUGUUCACUGCCCCAAACAUCAAAUGCUUUGCUCAGGAUUUAAUGGCUCGAUGUCUCAAGUAUUAGAGCAAGUAAUUGUUCUGGUUGUCCUUUGUAUCAUGUUAAAGCAGUCUUUUGCCUUCUUCCCCCUUUUUGUAUUGGGUUAUAAAAGUGAAUGAAAAAUACACAUGGGUGAAAUCAGAAUUCAGCAUCCAUCAUUUGCUGAGUUGCCAUCCUGGCAGUAUCUUAUGUCCUGGUGUUUCUUUCUUAUCUGUUUUUGCUAACAUUUCUAAUCCUCACACCCCUACCCUGGAACAAACAAGCCUGCAGCAACCUGGAUCACAGCAGAAGUUAUCCCAAAACGGUGACUCAUGACAAAAAAUAUCACCAGUGAUUUACUGUGUGCCACACAAACCAGAGCAUCCCCUAGUAGUGUCUGCAUGUUUCUACCUUCUCCCGUGCCUAUUGUGUUGUGGUGUCUGAACAAGAGUGGUCUCCAGGGACUCAUAUAUUUGAAUACUUGAAUACUUGGUCUCUGGUUAGUGAAACCGUUUAGGAAGAAUUACGAGGUAUGUCAGUAAGUGGACUUUGAUGGUUUCAAAAGUCCAUACCAGCUCAUAUGACUCUGCCUAUA